GCUCUUGCCCGCCCGGUUGCUUGGCACGCUCGCGCGGGAACGUCAUCACCAUCUUUUUGCGCCGCGCCUCUCCCGCAUAAUAUCAAGCAAAAGCGCAUAUCACCACCCCAGGCCGCCAGCCAGAGUCUGCAGCUUGCUCGGGAUCACAUCGAGCCCGCCAGCACCAACCAUCACCACCCGCUCCGUUGCACGAGCCUGCCACCCGCCCGCACGAACGCAUCAGCUUUCCCCGCCCCCUCCAGUCCUGCCCAGCCCACCUCGGCCACGCGCGGCACGGCGGACCAGACCAACCUGCCUGCGUGACGUCUGACAUUGCCUCCCGGCGGCUCCGCCAAGACCGGCGCUUCCGGCCGGCCCUCUCUCUCAUCUGAGCCCGUGUCCUCGCUGCCGCUGCCAUCGCCGCGCCUGCUCGGGCUCCGUCUCGGCCCCGUCCGGCCCACGAGGGCGUCAGUGACCAUGCAGCCUUCUCCCACCGACCACGACGACGACGGCUCCAGCCCGGGUCAGACCCACGCCUCCGGUGCCGGCGCCGGCUCCAAGCCCCAGCGCGUCCUCGCCUGCCUCCUCUGCCAGCAGCGCAAGGUCAAGUGCGACCGCCGCUUCCCCUGUGCCAACUGCACCCGCUCCGGCGCCCAGUGUGUCCCGGCCACCCUCCUGCCGCGCCAGCGCAGGCGCCGCUUCCCCGAGCGCGAGCUGCUCGACCGCCUGCGCCAUUACGAGCAGCUCCUCAGAGAUCACAACAUCGACUUUGAGCCCCUCCACAAGCCCAACCCGCCACUGGGCAAGGACCUCGCUGGCCUGACGGGCCAAGACCAAAGCCAUCAUGAUGAGCAUUCCACACAGGCCCAGUCACCAAAUAGCAGUGACAAGCCUGAGACAGAUUAUCGGGCAAAAGACAUAUGGGAUGCCAUGGGCCACCCGGCUGUCGAUCACGACUCCGAUGACAGCGAGACCGCCAUCGAGGCCGCUGGUGUGCGCAAGCUCUGGGACCGCAUCUAUUCGCAGACGGACCACAUGCUUUUCGGCACCCGCGUCGAACCUGUUGACCUCUCACCUCUCCACCCGGGCCCGGCCGAGAUCUUCCGCCUCUGGCAGACGUACAUGGACAACGUCAACCCCCUUCUCGCCGUCACUCAUACGCCGUCACUGCAGACACGAAUCAUCGAGGCCGCCGGCCACGUCGCGUCCAUCGACCCCGUCACCGAGGCCCUCAUGUUCAGCAUAUACGCCAUGGCUAUCAUCAGCCUGACGCCCCAGGAGUGCGUGACGUAUUUCGUCGCGUCAAAGCAGGAUCUGCUGCUGCGGUAUCAUUUUGGAUGCCAGCAGGCGCUGAUGAACUGCGGAAUACUCAAGACGACGAGUCGUGACGCCCUUACAGCGUACUACUUGUACCUGGUAUCACUGGCUGGCACAACGCACCCACAGACAAUAUAUUCGCUGCUAGCCAUCGCCAUCCGCCUCGCGAAGCGGCUUGGCAUGGACAACGAAGCCAGCCUGGCCAAGGAGACCCCCUUCGAGGCCGAGAUGCGGCGCAAGCUGUGGUGGUCUCUCGUGCUCUUUGACUCGCGCGCGGCCGAGAAGACGGACAACAAGAACUCGCAGCUCAACCCGUCCUGGGACUGUCGGAUACCGCUCAACCUCAGCGACACGGACCUGCGGCCAGAAUCGAAAGAGCUGCAGCCCGUGCGCGGCCGCAGCACGGAGGCCGUGUUUAGCGUCAUCCGCGCCGAGCUGGGCGACUACCUUCGGCACGCAAGUUAUCACCUCGACUUCUCGGCAGCUUCGCUGCGGCCCAUCGCGCGCCCGAGCAGCCUUGACCUCGAGGGGCUGCAGCGCCACCUGGAAGAGCGCUAUCUCCAAUACUUUGACCAGACCAACCCGCUCCACCACCUCGCCAAGUGGACGGCCUACUCGUACAUAGCCCGGUUUGGCCUGUGGCGCCAGUUCGCGGCCUUUGCCGACCCGAACGGCAAGCGCCCGUCAGCAUCGGACUGGGACGCGGCCAUCGUCCACGCCAUAGGCAUGCUCGAGGCCGACAAGCAGCUAAUGACGUCUCCGCUGACCAAGCGCUACCACUGGUUCCUGGGCUUCUACUUCCCCUUGCCGGCAUUCCUCAUCAUCGCCAAGAGCCUGAGGGUGCGGCCCUUGUCCCCGCACGCGAGCCGCGCGUGGGAGGCCAUGAGCGACAACUUUGCCGUGCGCCUGCAGACCGUGUUCCGGCAGGAGGUCGCGCCGUUCAUGAAGCUCUUCAACCCGCUGUUCCCGGCCUGGGACGCCUGCGUCAAGGCCCAUGCCAAUGCCAACAUCGGGACCACCUCGCAGAUGCCGCUGCCCGCCCCGCCCCGGAUCCUCGGCUACAUCCGCGAGAUCCGGGCUUCGGAUCCGACUUACCACAGCAACAAUAGCGGGAGCACGACGAGCAACACGUCCACGUCGUCGCCGGCAUUCUACACCGAGACCGAGGUCUCCUCACUCAACGACGACGAGAUGAUCCUCACGCCGGACCUGUUCAACCCGACGCUCUCGAUGCCGAUCAUGCAUAGCUGGUUUGGUGGCGGCGUGGGCUUGUUUGACGAGUUUAACGGCGGCGGCGGCGGCGGUGGCAGCGACGAAAUCAUGGGGAUGAGCUGGUCCUCCCCGACGCCGCCUUCCGCGAACAUUGCUGCCUCUUCUACUACCCCUUCUACGGCUGGGAGAACAGGCACAUCGGCUACCACAGCCGCGGGGAGUCUCUCACCUCCUCAGCCGCAGGUCUCCGCGACGGCAUCGCCGCCCAUGGGCGGGCCGAUGGCAAAUUGGUUCGCCCCGCUGCCCGCGGCGUCAUCGUCAAUGGCCAGCAUGAUGCCAGGACCCGGACCCGGACGGGGCCAGCACAAUGUCGUUGUGCCGGACCACAAGGCGCUCGAGACGCUGAACUUGGACAACAUCGACUGGGAUAGUCUUGGUGCUGCUCCUGCUGGGGGAGGAGGAGGAGGAGGAGGGGGGCGCUAGCUGUGAUCUUCCUGCCUCCUGGCUAUGGGAACUGCGAUUUCAUUUGCUUCUGGGGUUUACCCUUUUGUUUUCUGUAACAAUAGUGAUUGAGCGAAACACAACACCCCUCUGGGCUUUUCAGCGGCCCUGCUUUUGCUUCUUUUCGCACUCUUGUACAUAUCAGAGCGGAAGAUGCGAAUGGGCGAUGGCGCAGGGGCAGGAAGAGCAGCCUAGGAAUAGCAUCUAGUAUAUAUGAAAUCAUAUACGACUUGCCACUCUUC